GCUGUGUGUCAGUUUCAACUUGAAAGUACAAAUUUUGACCCGAUUUUUCUUCCUUUCACCUGAUUGGUCAGUGUCAUGUCAUGUAACAAUCCAAUCAGAGAACAGAUGGUUUGGUUGCGCUUCACUGAGCUUCAGGUCCUGGAAGGGUAACAGAGUUUAAAGCUGGAUGAGCAGACACAGAAACAAACGUGUCCAAAACUGCGUCAGGUGUGAAUGCGAGGGACUAAAGAUGUGGGUGGAGUUCCCACACAAGCUUCGGUGUGAGCUCUGUGUCAGCGCGCCAUCGUCACGUGGUCAGCCUUCAGAGGUGUGAACUUUGAGCUCUCCAUGCUGAGGUCUGUCACCUGCUGUUGUGUAACAGAGGACAGCGAUGACGGAGCACCUUCUGAAAAUUCUCAUUGUUGGUGAUGGAAACGUCGGCAAGUCUUCCUUUGUUCAUCGCUACGUUAGCGGACAGUUCAACAAGACCUACAAGAUGACGGUGGGAGUGGAUUUCUCCGUUAAGCUGCUGCGCUGGUCGGAUAAAGAGAAGGUCCGACUGCAACUCUGGGACAUCGCAGGCCAAGAGCGUUUCAUAUCCAUGACCAGGAUCUACUAUAAAGGGGCGCUGGGCUGUGUGGUCAUGUUUGACGUCACCAGUUCCUCCAGUUUCUCCAGCUGUCGCCAUUGGAAACAGGACCUGGACAAUAAGGCCAUGCUGCCCAACGGAGACUCCAUCCCCUGCAUCCUGGUGGCUAACAAGUGCGACCUCGCUCACAGGGCCGUCUCUGCAGACACCAUUGACAAGUUCAGCAAAGCCCACGGCUUCAUUACUUGGAUGGAGACGUCAGUCAAAGACAACAAGAAUGUUGAAGAAGCCAUGAGGAUGCUGGCGCAGGAGAUUCUGUCGGUUCAGUCCACCAUGGACCCGAUCCACAGACCUGAAUUCCGAGUUUAUCCUCACCCGGACUCAGAGUUCAACAGAAGCUCAGGAGAAGGACGAGGCUGCUGCUGAAACCACGAGCAUCACUCGGAGCACAGCAGGAAAUACUUUUCAUGUGGAUGUGAACUGUACGCUCUAAACAUGUGAUCACCGGAAGGACUGUGAACUGUUAGCAACUCUAAAUGAAGUUUGACUGUCUCGGAGCUGAUUCUGGCUCUCCCACCUUUAAUAGUUUCAUUUUGAGUUAAAGAUGUAAGUUAAACCAAGUUCAAAUAAAGAUCAGGCCUCGCCUAUAGCAAGAAGCAACACUAAGGACAAACACUGGUAUGUGUUUCACUGGUGUGAUCAGAAACAGGUGAGACAGGUUAAAAGGUCCGAUGGCGUGACGUCGAGUGGGGAGCACAGAAGAAAAGCUGCUGGAGACGAUGGUGAACAUGACCUUAGCGUGUUUAGCGGUUUGUGCUGCAGCCUGAUGAGCACCAGCCUCACACAGCAGAAACACAGUCAAGGCUUCUGCCACAACUUCACCUACAUCCAAGGUGCCCAGAGAAGGAAACUAACUCUGAAGAGAUUAAAGCUCCAGAAACACUCACAUAUAUCCAUAGUAAACAAAACAACUUUAUCAAAUAACUUUAUUCAUUUCAGCUUCGUCAGUCCUGAUCCACCUGAGUUUGAGAGUCCUGGGUGGGGAACCAAAAAGAUCUUUGACUAAAGAAGUGAAAUAAUUGGUUCUGACCAGUGUUGGUCAAGUUACUUGAAAAAAGUAAUCAGUAACUAA